AUGCCUCAUAGGGUUAAGCGUGCGUCGUCAACGUCGAAGCACGCUGCUCCAUGGGUCUCAGCAGGCACAAGGGCAGACGGCGACGGCGACGGCGACACCUCUCCGCAUGUGCGUGUCGUCGUCGUCGAGGGCAGACGGCGAGCAUGCUGUAAUUCACCGAAGCAGUGCGGAAGUAGUUGGCAGCCCAGCCUUGACGGACAUACCGUUUUUCUUGACUCCUGGCGCCAACGGGCACGUCGUCUUCGAGGCCCAGCAUGCCAAGGGAGCUCUGCGGAGGCUUUUCACCCAAUCUCCAGCCAAGCUACCAAGGCGCUUUCAUCCGGCUUCUGGGGGCAGCGUCAUGCCCAUGGCUAUGCCCAUGGUGUAGCUCUCCGUGGUGGCGCUCCAUGCCCUAAUGCACGGGCGGGAGACCAUGUUCCUGCACCCAUCCAGCUAGUAGGUGCCUCGCCGUCGAAGCAGAAGCCUUUGGUCUGCCAUGCCCUGUGCAACGUCGGUCUGCUUCCUAUGCCACCCGAGCGUAGCCAUGGCCCGUCGCCAAUUCACCCUCGACAAACUCAAAAUAUACGUCAUGCACUACUGCAGCCUUGGUCCUCCCAGAGCAUACUGCACCCCUCCCAGGCCACAUCCUGGGAACGCGCUUCAACGAGGCGGCGCAGCCAACAACUUCUGCGAGCUAUCGGCCCGAUUGCAGAUUGCGGUCUUCUGGCACCCAUCAAAUCAAGGUAG